AUGGAGCAUGUGAUGAAACUGGAGAGGGUCUACUGUUGUGCAAUGAUGUGCUUAACAAUGUUAGUAUCUACAGUGCUAGAGGAAACUCACAUGUUGAGGCAUUUGUAUUCUUCUCUUACACGUCAGGAAAGGAAGCAAUGGGUUUUAGAUUACCUUAAUUUACACAAGAGACGUAUGGUGAAUGGUGCUUUCGAGUAUGUCUUCUUAGUGGGUGCACGAAACGUGUGUUUUAAGUCAUGGAUAACCAUUCUUGGUUUGCCGAUGUCUUCCUUUUACAAGAUACGAAAUCUUGUUGAACGAGGUGUAAUAGUGAUCGAUCACAUGGCAGGAAGAACCGGCAUGUUAGCUACAAAGACAUAUUCUGCAAUGGUAUGGCUAAGCAGCUUUGCAAAUACAUAUGGUGACAGACUGCCUGACACAUCGAAAAUUCAGCUGCCAAUGUGUGCAACGAGACUCAGUGUGUAUGAACAAAUGAAAGAUGACCAUGGAGAAGAAAACACUAUUUCGUAUGCACACUUUCUCAAGAUCUGGAAAAAGAAUUUCUACUACAUAAUGAUUCCAAGGGUAAGCAGGUUCUCUAAAUGCGACACAUGCAUACUGAUUAAACAAAAGCUGGAAUCAACAACAGAUAAGUCUGCGAGAGAAGAAUUGAAACAGCGCCGACAUGCACAUUUGAUCAAACAGUCGGAACAGAGGAGGAAGUACUACAAGCAUCGAAGCAAGGCAAAAAACAACCCUCAUAAAUACCUUAGUAUAAUUAUUGAUGGUAUGGACCAAAACAAGACAUGUCUCCCGCAUAUGGUAUCCGAGUCAAAGUUCAUAAACCAAAUGUGGAAAUUGAAAGUACAUUUAACCGGGGUAGUAGUGCAUGGUGUCGCCACCCAUGGCUUUUCUGAUUACAACCAAGUAAAGCAUGACAGUAACUUAACAAUCACUGUACUUAUGAAGAUUCUGCUGCUGAUGCCAAAACUUCCAGGCACUCUGUAUCUCCAGAUGGACAACUGUGGGCGAGAAAACAAGAAUAGUUUCAGCAGGAAGUUGCAUCACAGCAAUGCUAACGCACUUACACAGUUAAUGGAUAUUUGGAGUGGUAUUCAAAGUCCGGGCCUAUUCGGGUACAAGCUUGAAGAAACAUAUGAUUUUGUGUCAUGGAUGUCACCAUACCUAAAUGGCAUAGAGGGUCAUUCCAAACCACAUGCAUACAAAAUUUGCAGAAACGAAAUUGGAGAGGUUGUAUUGUUAUGGAAGGCAUGGCCAACAGAUGCUGGAUGGAAUUACUGUGCAGGAAGUGGCGGGAUAGGAAUUUUGACUGAGAACCCAAAGGGACUUCCGACGAAUGCUGAAACAAACAAAAUAACAACAGAUAGACUUAAAGCAAACUUGUCGAAGAACGAAAGGAUUUUUAAAAAAGACGAACUAAGUUGGUGGUCAAACUUCUUUGAUGAGAUUGAAGAAGGUGACGCUGAAAAGGAGAAGAUACACUAA